CUUCGCGGGACGGCUGGGGCCGCUAGGCGACUCUGUCGAGGUGGGGAGGAUGUCGCCGUCCCUGGGCGGAGGCCUGCCGGGGUCUGAGUUGCGCUCCCGGAGGUGCCGCUCUGCCAAGGCCGGAAGCCCGGACGAGGCCACGGAGGUUGCCCCGCCGAGUCCCAAACGGGCCGCGUGGGGCUCCCUGCGCUGGCAUGCGGCCGGCCGGUGGGCCUUAGUCGCCCUGGUGACGCUGCUGUCCUUCGCCACCCGCUUCCACCGUCUGGACCAGCCGGCGCACAUCUGUUGGGACGAGACUCACUUUGGGAAAAUGGGGAGUUACUACAUCAACCGAACCUUUUUCUUUGAUGUGCACCCGCCUCUGGGAAAGAUGCUGAUAGGUCUUGCUGGCUACUUGAGUGGAUAUGACGGCACCUUCUUGUUCCAGAAGCCAGGGGACAGCUAUGAGCAUCACAGCUACAUAGGGAUGCGAGGAUUCUGUGCAUUUCUGGGUUCCUUGCUGAUCCCCUUAGCCUACCUCACUGUUUUGGAACUGUCCAAGUCCCUCUCAGCAGCCCUGCUCACUGCUGCCCUCCUCAUCUUUGACACCGGCUGCCUCACUCUGUCCCAGUACAUUCUCCUUGAUCCCAUCUUGAUGUUCUUCAUUAUGGCCUCCUUGCUGAGCAUGGUCAAGUACAACUCCUACACCAACAGGCCCUUCUCUGCCCCCUGGUGGUUCUGGCUCAGUCUUACUGGCAUUAAUCUGGCUGGGGCUUUAGGGGUCAAGUUUGUUGGCCUCUUUAUCAUCCUGCAAGUUGGUUGGAACACCAUUUCUGACCUGUGGCACCUAUUUGGAGACCUCAGUCUUUCACUGGUGACUAUGUGGAAACACCUCAUGGCGCGCAUCCUGUGUCUCAUAGUCCUGCCCCUGGUGAUCUACAUGGCCACCUUUGCCAUCCACUUUCUGGUGCUGAAUAAAAGUGGUCCUGGUGAUGGCUUCUUCAGUUCUGCCUUCCAGGCCCGCCUUUCAGGAAACAACCUUUACAAUGCUUCUAUCCCAGAAUAUCUGGCCUACGGCUCUGUGAUUACAGUGAAGAACCUACAGAUGGCCAUUGGCUAUCUCCACUCCCACCCACACCUCUAUCCCGAGGGCAUUGGCGCCCGCCAGCAGCAGGUCACCACCUAUUUGCACAAGGAUCUCAACAACUUGUGGAUUAUCAAGAAACAUAACACAGAUUCAGGUCCCCUGAACUCAUCAUUCCCGGUUGAGUUUGUAAGACACGGAGACCUCGUUCGACUGGAGCACAAAGAAACCUCUCGGAACUUGCACAGUCACUUUCAUGAGGCACCUCUGACCCGGAAACACUAUCAGGUCACUGGCUAUGGCAUAAAUGGGACAGGGGACUCAAAUGAUUUCUGGCGAAUUGAAGUUAUAAACAGAAAAUUUGGAAACCGAAUCAAAGUGCUGAGAAGUCAAAUUCGCUUCAUCCAUAUGGCCACAGGUUGUGUGCUGAGUUCUUCAGGGAAGAGCUUGCCCAAGUGGGGCUGGGAGCAGUUGGAAGUUACUUGCAAUCCAUACAUAAAGGAAACACCCAACUCCUUGUGGAAUGUGGAGGACCAUAUCAACCCCAAAUUACCAAACAUCAGCCUGGACGUGCUGCAGCCUACCUUUUCUGAGAUCUUGAUGGAGUCUCACAUGGUGAUGAUCCUGGGGAACAAUGGUCUGAAACCCAAGAAUAAUGAGUUUACCUCAAAACCCUGGCACUGGCCCAUCAACUAUCAGGGCUUGCGCUUCUCCGGGAGCAAUGACACGGACUUCCGAGUCUAUCUGCUCGGCAAUCCGGUGGUGUGGUGGUUGAACCUGCUGAGUAUCAUCCUCUACCUCCUCUCUGGGAGCAUCUUUGCAGUGGCCCUGCAGAGAGGGGUGCGGUUGCCUGCUGAGGUGGAAGGGCUCUCCCAGGUCCUGCUGCGAGGCGGAGGCCAGUUCCUGCUAGGCUGGGUGCUCCAUUACUUCCCAUUCUUCCUGAUGGGCCGGAUCCUCUAUUUCCACCACUACUUUCCAGCCAUGCUCUUCUCCAGCAUGUUGACAGGCUUGCUGUGGGACACUCUUCUGCGCCUGGGUGCCUGGAGCCUGGCCGCCUUACUUCCAUCUUAUGGCAUCCAUAUGGCAGGAAUUGUGGGCCUGCUCCUGGGAACUGCUUACAGCUUUUACCUCUUUCACCCUCUGGCUUAUGGAAUGGUGGGUCCCCUCGCCCAAGACCCCAGAAGUCCCAUGGCAGGACUCAAGUGGCUGGAAUCAUGGGAAUUUUGAGGCCACUGCAAGGACUCCAGCGUAAGUGCAGGGACUUCCCAGGAAAGCCAGCUGUGGAGCCUGUCCCUGGACUGUCCCAGCUCUGGAAGACAAGGCCGAAGAGCCUGCAGCUUCCUGCUGCCUCCCAGGAGCCUCUGUGGGUGCAGCCCCAGUAGCCAUCCACCACCAGCAGACAGGAGGCUCUGACCGUCCCUGGCUACAGACAGUUAAGCAGCGGACACAACCCUCAGGCCCAUUACCUUGUACGACACAAGGAGUAUGUAAAAUGUGUGUAUGUGUGUGAGUGUGGAUGUAUGUGAGUGUGAGAUCCUGAUGGAAUGUAAGCCUGCUUGGAGCCAGCUGCGUUAUAAACUCGCAAUACUGUGAUAUUUUCUGGUAUUUUUUCACACUGGAUUUGGUUUUUAAGUAAGAUUCGUCACAAAUUCUCUGACCUCCAAGAAGGGCUGGAGGGUAGAGCACAGCCAAUGAAACUUUGCAAGGGCAGAGUCAAUAGCAGCAGAGCCACGGGUUCCUUCCCUGAACCAGCAGACACAGAGGUGCCCAGAUGUAACACUGGCUGCGAGGGGCCGCAUGCCCUGCCUGCAGUGGGCACAGAGGACAGGCCCCGGUGCGGGCAGGCAAUCACCUCACCAGCAUUUCUCUCAGCCCCUGUUCCUGGAUCUCUGAGAAUGAUGCUUCUGGAUGUUGAGGAGACUGACGGUCCCUGUCCUGUGCCUAAGGCACUGCUCUCUGCCCUGCUCAACCCCUGUCAUCCUUCUUGGUCAAGAGGGCAGGUGCCUGCCCAGUCACUGAGAGAGCCUCUCUUUUGCAGCCAAGGAGGUGAAACAGCAGAGCCCAGGGGUGCCAGUGGGGCACUUUAGCCUGACUGGGCAGAUACUAGUGUCACUGAUGGUGGUCCCAUUUUUACUUAUGUAUCACCCCCUGCCAGAGCCCACCACCACUACAUUUUGUUUCCCUCCCUCAUGUCACAUGUCACCAGGCUGGGUUUCCCCCCAGAACUCCAGAACUGCUUCACCACCUCUCUUCCUCCCCAAACGAAAGGGAUCGGAAUGAAAGCAGCCCAAGGCCAGCCUACUGCCGCCCACCCCAGCACCAAGAGUCUGACAGGUCCCUUUGUCCCUGUGAACCCUGUGCCUCUAGAUGAUAUUGUCACAUGGUCUUUCUUCCCUCCGAGCCCCCGCCAGCACAGACAGGGUCAGUGCCCACUCUUCAGAGCAUCUUCCACAGGCAGUUGCCACGGAGACUGGAAAUUGGUACCAGGGACAAUCUGUGCUACCUAGCGGGUGGCAGGGAAGGAAGCUUCUGGUCCUGCUCGGGUCUUCAGACCCACUGUCAUUAAUGCUAAUAGAGGAAAUGCAGCGAUGGCAUGGUUAGAGCAAAGCAAGGUCACUAAUUAGAUCUGCGGCUUGAUGGCCUCUCUUCUCCCAGGAUACAGCCCUUGCGACUUCCUCCAGCAGGAAGCGCAGCCUGGGUGCUGAGUCUGGGCUGCCGGUCUAAUUGCAUUUCAGAAAGGAAGGGGGCCAGCAGGGAGCACAUCCUUCCUCCCCACAGCUGGGUGGUUUCCUAGCUGCGUGGGGGCAGCCUUGAGGGUGCAUUUUCCUGGAGGUGGAAGGCAGAAUUCUGUGCUUCACUCUCAGCAGAGAACACUAUCCCCCCACCAAAGACAGCCAGGAGAUGGCAGGUGUCCCCAAUGACAGCCAGGAGGUGGCAGACGUCCCCUUGGACCUUCUUUCCUAAUAGGAACUUGCUAGAAGAGAGGAACUCGCAAGGAGCAGAGGGCUGAAGGCAAAAGCCCUGGCAGCUUCCUGCUCCCUUCCAAUGUGGCCCCAGUAGAGACCAAGAUUCCUCUGUCUCUCCCCUGCUUCCCACCUGUGGGGGAAGAAUCUGCACACUUCUCUGCCUCCUACACCUGGCUGACGAGCACUUCUCUGGGGACAGAUCUCAGGUCCUGUUGUCAGGAGAUGCUGGAGAGAACAGAGGGACGCUCUGAAGGGGGCCCAGGAGAAAGCAGAAAUGUGAUGCUUCCCACACUUGCUAGGGGAGAACAAAAAGAUUUUCUAGUUAGCCCAACUUCCAGCCAGCUUCUUGAGCCACGUUUUCUAUUAAAUUCUUUUUCCAGAGAUAAUCAGAGACCAUUUACUUUUGUAAUAAAUAACUCUUGUUUUGAA